AUGAGUGUACCAAUCGCAAACUCCUUGAAUCUGGUCGUAGGUGGACUGGGUCUGCUCCUUGUUUAUUACUUUGUCUUCGCAAUCUAUAAUGUUUUCUUUCAUCCAUUGUCAAAAUAUCCAGGGCCAAAGGUCGCCGCUGCAAGUCAUAUCCCGCAUGCUAUACAGAUCUUUCGCGGCAAGGCUCCCUUCUGGAUCAAGGAUCUUCACGACAGAUAUGAUGCAGAGGUAGUGCGGAUAUCACCGCACGAACUGUCCUUCAUCAAUGCCUCAGCGUGGAAAGGUUUCCACGGGACUAGACAAGGCCAUGCAUCCCUAGAGAAGGAUCCUGCAGUAUACCGCAAGCCCCCUAAUUCAGUAGCAUCUCUUCUGACAGCAGAUCGAGUGGACCACACGCGCAUGAAGAGGGUACUUGGUCAUGCGUUCUCUGACCGUGCCAUACGAGAACAGGAACCUAUCGUAGAGUCGUACGUUGAUCUCCUGAUCAAUCGCCUUCAAGGCCAGAUACAUGGGUCGAACUACGGCAAAGUUGAUAUCUCAAAUUGGUUCCGAUGGACCGCUUUCGAUAUUGCGGGUGACCUUUCAUUUGGAGAAUCUUUUGGCUGCCUUCAAAGUCAGAAGCUUCAUGCUUGGGCGAAAAUGAUCGAUGGCUUCCUGAGAGCAGACGUUUGCUUGGCUGCUUGCAAUCGCUUCUCCACCUUUCGAUACUUCUUGCCACAUCUGGUUCCGAGGAAGACCAGAGAAAUGAUGAGAGAUCACUGGUCCAUGACGGUCGAGAAAUUAUCACGGCGCAUGAAGCUUGGGGCGAAGAGACCAGAUUUCAUUUCGCCAAUCAUCAAGUACAAUGAAGAAGGAAAGGGCUUGAGUAUGGGAGAAAUACAAUCGAACGCAUCGCUUUUCAUCGUUGCCGGAAGCGAUACUACAGCCACAGUAUUGACAGGCACCAUUUACCAUUUGCUCCAAAAUCCUGUAUGCUUAGCCAAGCUCACCAGGGAAGUCCGAAAUGCUUUUAAAGGGGAGAGUGAAAUCACGAGCCAGAGCGUUGGACGAUUGCCAUACACAAUAGCAUGCCUUGAUGAGACACAUCGAGUCUAUCCAGCCAUACUACUUGGUCAAGCCGUCAUCACUCCUCCUGAAGGCGACUUCAUUGGCGACAAAUGGAUUCCAGGAAAUACCGGUCUCAAUAUCAACAUGUACGCCGCCUACCGCUCGGCCCGCAACUUCAAGCAUCCAGACUCCUACAUACCGGAGCGCUGGCUCGGCCAUCCGCGUUUCGUAAACGAUCAACGAGAGGUCUUUCACCCCUUCUCAUACGGCCACCGCGCUUGUCUAGGCAAGAAGUAA